GGAGGGCGUGAAGGAGCGACGGAAGCCGAGAGGGACCUGGGGCGGAAGGGGACCCGGGCCAGGCUUGUGUGCGGUGCCUUGGCGGGGCUGGGGUUCCGAUGUGGUCCCCGGGGCGGGAGGCCCAGGCCCCGACCGGGGGAGACCCGGCGGGCCUCCUGCCGCCCGAGUGGGAGGAGGACGAGGAGCGCAUGUCUUUCCUGUUCUCCGCCUUCAAGAGGAGUCGCGAGGUGAACAGCACCGACUGGGACAGCAAGAUGGGCUUCUGGGCGCCGUUGGUGCUGAGCCACAGCCGCCGCCAAGGGGUGGUGCGCCUGCGUCUGCGGGACUUGCAGGAGGCCUUCCAGCGCAAGGGCAGUGUCCCUCUGGGGCUGGCCACCGUGCUGCAGGACCUGCUGCGUCGAGGCGAGCUACAGCGAGAAUCAGACUUCAUGGCCAGUGUGGACAGCAGCUGGAUCUCCUGGGGGGUUGGAGUCUUCCUGCUGAAGCCCCUCAAGUGGACUCUUUCUAACAUGCUCGGGGAUAACAAAGUUCCAGCUGAGGAGGUGCUCGUGGCUGUGGAGCUGCUUAAGGAAAAGGCUGAGGAGGUUUAUCGCCUGUACCAGAACUCGCCCCUCUCCUCCCACCCUGUGGUGGCCCUGUCAGAGCUGAGUACUCUGUGUGCCAGCUCCUGCCCAGACGAGAGGACCUUCUACCUAGUGCUACUGCAGCUGCAGAAGGAGAAGAGAGUCACGGUCCUGGAGCAGAACGGAGAGAAGAUUGUGAAGUUUGCCAGGGGACCACAUGCCAAAGUGUCUCCUGUCAACGAUGUGGAUGUUGGGGUCUACCAGCUGAUGCAGAGUGAGCAGCUUCUCUCUCGAAAGGUUGAGUCUUUAUCCCAAGAAUCUGAGAGGUGCAAAGAGGAAGCCCGCCGAGCAUGCCGAGCUGGAAAGAAGCAGUUGGCACUGAGGUCUCUCAAGGCCAAGCAGAGGACAGAGAAACGCAUUGAGGCCCUGCACGCCAAGCUGGACACUGUUCAAGGCAUCCUGGAUCGCAUCUAUGCCUCCCAGACAGACCAGAUGGUUUUUAAUGCUUACCAAGCUGGUGUGGGAGCCUUGAAACUCUCCAUGAAGGACGUCACAGUGGAGAAGGCAGAGAGCCUUGUGGACCAGAUCCAGGAGAUUUUGACAGUGAGGAACUGGAGAAGGAGUUGGACAUCCUCCUUCAGGACACCACCAAAGAACCUUUGGACCUGCCCGACAACUCCCAUGAGACGCUUUAUACCAACAGUGUGCCUAAGCCUCGGAUCUUGGAUGCUGAACUUGAAGCUGAACUUGAGAAACUGUCCUUAUCAGAAGGAGGUUUGCAGGUCCCAAGCAGUAAAUCUCCAAAAAGGCAAUUGGAGCCGACUCUCUAAAGCCAUUGCAGGAACUCAAGGGAAGGACCCUCGUGUAAGAGAGGGACAGCCUUGUGUGUGUACAUAGUUAUUUAAUGAGAACCACUGAGAGGUUGUUAAGAGGAGGAAAUACCACUUGGAUGUAUGUGGAUGCUGCCACUGCUGACAGGACGGAUACAGCUCCUGGAAGCCAUGCUGUGAAGGUGUGCUCCCAGCUGAUGUCGUGGACCUACCUUCUCGUCUUUAUAGUGCCACAGUUUAUACAGUUCUGUGUUUGCCGUCGUCUCUGAUAGCCUGCCGUCCGUUCUCGCCAUUGGCUCCGUUAGCUUUGUCUUCACCCACCAGCUUCGUUCCGGCCAGUAAGGUGAAAGGUUCGCAGCUUUGCCCAUCAGAGCCAGCCCUGUCUUCCACUCCUGAGGUCGUGAAAACCAAGUUUUGUUAUCUGCAAUGCCAUUUCAGCUGCCCCCUGCCCUCUGCUUUAUUGGAAUUAAGAAUGAGAGUCAAACUUAAGUUUUACUCAGAGAGACCUAACAGCUGAGUGUCUGGAGAAACGUUGUCCACAAGAUGUUUCUCUACAUGCUUUGUCCAAUUCUCUGGGUGUUCAUGCUCUGAAUGCUUCAGGGUCAUGACAGUUGCGGGGGUGGCUUGUGUCAUUGGGGGCCAUAACCUCUUCCAUCUUAAGCAGAAGCAGAUCUGCUGAGGGGGGGUGGGGAAAGGGUUAACCUAUCUUUUGAACCUGAGCAGGAGAAGCCCAAGUCAACCACAGCCCCACAGUGUAAAAGAAGCUAAGGUUUUGCUUUGGCUCCAUCAUAAAUUAUGUGUGUUUUCUGGAGCAAGCCACGUGGUGCCACAUUCCCUGUUUCUUGAGCCUGACACUCGCUGCAGGCUCCCUGUUAGGAUCUGGAAAGCUUUUACCAUGUAUCCAGCACUCAGGGGGCCUGAGCCAGGAUGUGCAAUAGGAGGAGGUGACCCUGACCUGCUGCAUCUGCUGCGAGCUGCCGCAGGCCCUGCCAUGCCCUGCUCUGCCCUGCACCUGCCUCCUGCAGGCACAUCUUCUUUCCGUGAGCUGCAGGGCAGGCAGGAAAGGGUCGGUCUGAAUGCUCGGAUGGCAGAGGGAAAAUGACAGCCACACUGCCAGCCUGCUGUCCAGGACGCUGACUGCCUGGGUCUCUGCACUGCCCCUCCUGCUUGAGGUCGCACAGAGCAGAGGGGAGGACUUUGCUUCCGGCCAGGAGCACGAAUCACUGUUCAACGAGUCUCUCCCACUCAGCUUUGGCGGAUGGAAAUAUUGGGGGUGAAGAAAAACAAUCACUAUUUUUUCUUUUUUAAUCUGGUAAAUAAUUAAAAGAGAAAAAUACUA